GCGAACACCAUGCAAUAACGUUGAUGAAACAAGUCAUUACUGGCCGAAUAAAUUAACAAAACGUGCAAAGAGAAAGAUACCGUCCCCCCAAAAGGAAGAGAUUUCUCUGGAAAGGUGAAAAUUGUUCUGGACCGAAAGAGGAGGAAGUUGUUGUGACCUUUCUAAAACUGCUGUCGAAAGCAAAAAAGAGCCCCCAAAAAAGGAUUUUACAGUUUUGUGGAGAUUGACUCAAGUCUUUUCAUUUGGUUGUCUUCCUCUCGUGCCCAGAGCCACAGGGAGGAAGAGUCGCGGCAUCUGCGGGAAUGAAGUACAGCUACCAGUACCCGGUGUCACAGUACACACGCUCAAACACAUCGACUCAUUACACACCUUCACAGUACUCCAGCAGCUCAUACAGUUCCACCAAGUACAGCCCUACGGCACUUCACACUGCAUCGUACUACAGCCCACCAGCCUACACUCCAGCGUACAAACCCACCUCCACCUUCACCCCGCUCUACAGCAAACCGCCCCGCCAGAGCAGCUCACUCCGCACAAGCGCACCGUGCACCCCCGUCGCGGCUCUCAAACCCACCAAGGUCGUGCGCUUCACCAACGAUAUCAUAUUUCAGGAUUUAAUCCGCCACGGUGAGCUGGAGCAGAUCGGUCGAUUUAUGAGGGCGAGGAAAGUGCGUCUGGACACCAUCUUCCAUUCCGGAAUGGCAGCUCUCCAUGAAGCCGUGCUCACAGGAAACAUGGAGUGCGUAAAGCUUUUGAUAAAGUAUGGAGCUGACGUUCAUCAGAGGGAUGAGAAUGGCUGGACACCACUACACAUGGCAUGCAGCGAUGGUUUCCCUGAGAUCGCAAAGUACCUUCUGUCUCUGGGUGCCAGCGUGGAAGCAGAAAAUGAAAAUGGGGAGAAACCAGCAGACCUUAUUGAUCCAGACUGCAAAGAACUGGUCAAACUGUUUGAAACGGGCUGUGUCUGAGGACUACGAGAACACAAGGAACGGCAGCAGAACUUGGAAAACAAAGCUAGCAUUCAUCUCAUUUGACAUUUCAUCUUUUUCAUAUCAUUAUAUGAUUUUGUGUCUUUGAAGGUUGUCCUGAAAAAAGGAUUUUUAUUUUGUUUUAGAGCUUUUUCGACUCAUGGAUUUCUGGCUACGAUGAAAAGCAAACCAUCCACCCAGUUCGCUUUUAAUAUCAAAGUGUAACACAGUUUGCAAACUUUUUUACUUCUAAGUGAAACUUAGAAAAGUAGGGGGAUUCAAAUAGAGGAAUUUAAGGACAAAUAAGUAGGAUGUGACUUGAUUUUAUCCUUUUGGAAUUUUUGAUUGUAAAAAGUAGGUGUCAUAUACCAGAAUCUAGCCAAUUUCUUGGUGGAGAUGGAUUAGAAACAGAAAGUGGUUUCAGAGGCAGAGAACGUUUUGAUUAAAGACUACGAAGUCAAAGAUUCAAUGACUGUACAUAUUGAAUGUACAAUAAGACCAGGAACGUGCAUUGAAAAAUAGCUAACGUGGCAUUUGCGUGUGCCUUUUAACCUCAUGCAGUAACACCAUACACAUAUGUAGUAUGUACACAUCACUGCGUUGGAAACAUAUACAUUCAGGCUAGUUGUCAUUUCACAUGUGUUCAUUUACAUGAUGCUUUCAUUGCUGUGUUAUACAUUUAUCAGAUGUUCUCCUGACAUGCUGACGAUCAUGAAUAUCUUCACAGUUCUGUGUAAAAUAGAAAAGUGAUGCAUGAUGAGACACUGACACUACAUGUUACAUUGACACAGUUUGGCACAGUUCUGUGCUUUCUGUCUGCUGGGCAGCAGGAGAGCAGGUUGGAAAGAUGACCUGCCAUCAGACUAGCAUAUGAUGAAAGUGUACUGUUAAAGUCUUAUCUUAUUUUUUACAAUAUUUUCAUAAAUAAAGAUCCUUUUCUACACAUACUUAGCUUUG